CAAGAAAAUUGAAGCAAAUCACAAAUUAUCCAUAAAUAACAUGAUUAAUUGAAAGCUUCUUUCUUUCAAUUAAGUUUCUUCACUCUCCACUAGAUAACAUCAACUUCAUUCUACACAAGGAAGAAAAAAUUAGACAUGUCUCCACAAACAUAAAUAAGAUUAGUUAUUUAGAAUAUUAAUAUACCGAGAAAAUAAAUUAUACGGGUGUGGACGGGUAACCAUGGAUCGGGUUUAUCUAAACCCAACCCGGUAAAUAAUGAACGGAUUUAAACCCAAAUCCGACCCAAAACCCAUCAACACGAAUUUUACCCACGUUGACCGGAUUGAUUCGGGUGGGUACCCGUGGAUUCGGGUUUUUUCGCCAUUCAUAACCUACAAAGAAAUGGGCAUCUUCGUUAAUUUUGAUUUUUGAGUUUCUAACUUCUGAUUUCAUUAAUUUUGUAAUUCACUAAUUUGUAGCCGUUUCCCACUCAUUUACUUUCACUCCUCGCAGUUGGCAGAACUUUGGCGCAACCUGCAGCUCCAAAAAAGCGAAACCCUUCUGAUUGCCUCUUCUUCCUCCUCGUUCACCAUUGAUUGUCGCCUCCAGCACUCUCUUUAGCGAUGACGAGAGGGCAGUGACAAGCUUGAGACUUGGCGACGGUUGGAGUAGGCUCUUCGCUCCUUCUCGCAUCAAUUCUUCCACCUCCGAUGUGCAGCCUCUCCGCCAUCGCACCGCUCUCUCCGCUUCUCUCAAGGGCAGGGAGCUACAUUUUGGAGGGCAUGAACGAGCUCGCUACACAAGAUACCAGUUGCUGGAGCUUAAACAGAUGCAACCUCAACUCCAAAAUCACUUCCGAGUCUGUCAACCAUGAAUGGCAUGGGAGGUCAGCAGCAACACCUGUUCGUGAGAAGUCUUGGGAGGCAGUGCGAGAAAGGAAAGAGUUUUCUAAUGGAUACAAGUCAAGGAUUCCGGUAAAUGCUCAGAGCUAAUAUCAGUAUCACCUGGGGGUAAAUAUUUUAAUCGAUCUUAAGUUAUAUUUCCUCUACAAAAAAAGAGAUCCAAAUUAACAAUGAGAAAAUCAAUUGUUAUCCAUGAUGUUAUCCUUCCUAUUUGUUUGUAUGUAUUAUUUCCUUAUUUGUCAUAAAUCCAUAACUUUAAACUUGUGGGGUGAACCAAUAUGGAUAUAUCUUUAUCAACUUCUCACAGACUUCUAGACCAGCUCUUACCAUGGUUUUAUGAAAUAGCUAGGACCUACUCUUUCUCUUGUUAAAGCUGAAGUGUCGUGGUUAGCUCAAAGAUGGACCUUAUCUGACAAGGACUAUCUUGAAAACAGUGAAGGGGUAACUUAUCUUAGAUGACAGUCCUGAGUUCACUGCAAAAAAUAGCAAUGAAUAUGCACACACGGAUUCUUGAUAAUUUAAAAAUAAGGAAGCUGCAUCCUGUGGCAUUUUUUGGACUACUGUUAUCUACUUUACAGCAUACCGAACAAGUUGACUCCGGAAAAUUUUGAUGUUCUUAAGAGCCAAAUGAUUGACUCUGGAAUUACAACUCCUGAAAUUUUGAAGGCAAACUAUUCCAUGUCAAAUGAGUCAUCAUGGAUUGGAUGCAAUAAUUUGUUCUUCUACUUGUUUAUUGAACUUUACUAUCUGUAUUUCAGGAUGUUAUCUCAUUGAUCUUUGACACUUGCAAGAUAUCACAUUGCAACUGUCCUCAUGUAUCAUAGACGCAAGUGUGGUUCGUGGUCAGAGAUGUCGUCGAUCUGAGAACAAACAAAUGAGUCCAUAGACGUUAUUAGGUCAGUUCAAAUUACACAUCGCCUGUUUCCUAAUGUAAAAUGGAAUUUCUCGCCAUGUUAGAGAUACUUUUUUGAAAUCUUUAGGUAAAUUUGGGACACUAACAUCUUAUGUUUUUUGCAGGAGAAAGCCAAAACUAUAACUGAAAUCCACCCUGACGCAGAGAAGAACCUUGGAUUGCGAGCUGGGACAACUGAAUAUAUUAAGAAUAUUAGGACUGCACUUGCAGCAAAAGAUGGUGCCAGAAAAGCUCACCAUGAAUUGAGCCGGUGGUGAAAGCUUCUCAAUCACUUGCUCAUGAAAAAUGUCUUCUCAGCUGGAGAUAUUGGGGCUGGAUGUCUUCUAUAUGCCUCAAUGUUAGAUGACAUUGGUAUUGAUGAGCUGCCAAUUGCCCCAAAGUUAUUCGGAGGCAUCCUCAGUGACUUGUUUGCAUCAAGAUGUGUCAAUUUCAAGGUUCUGUCGUUUGAUGCAUGUAGAGGUUUUCAGGCAACCCAUCUCUGAUAAUGUCAUGAAGACUAUAAAUGCAAGCCCGGCCGGGCAGGAAGUUUUGGCAUCUCUAAGUUCUGAUGUCCAGGCUUCCCAAAUUCUACUUUCUUAGUUACAACUAACAAUACCCACCAUAGUUAUCAGAUCAAGCUACGAUUAUCUGGAAACCAAUGCUUGUAGCCUCCCUUUCUUCUCCCAUAGCUUUGUUGUUUCUUUCCUUGGCUUUCAUCUCAAUUGAGUUUGUGAGCAAUUGUGCAGAGGAAAUGUCCGCUGAGAGCGAAAGAGGAAAGGGGCAGGUUGAGUUGGGAGCUCUGUAGAUUUAGAGAUUCUUUAUGUGAGUCGUCUGUUUGUUAAGAGUGAUAUGAUAAUGACAGCUUUCUGGAAAGUCAUUCUGCGCAAAAGUUAGCAUCUUUACAUACUUUGUGCUUUCGUUUAUGGUUCUCUACCCUCUAGCCAAACCAAUCCGAUCAUCAACUUGGAAGGAUAUGCAUCAGCCUAACUUAACAUUGUUCGAUCAUAUGCAUUAUUUGCCCCUUCGAUUAUUGAAGACGAUGAUAUCAAAAUUGUGACAUUUGGUACAUAAGUUGAAAUCAUACCUUUCAAGUUUCAACCUUCCACCAAACUGCUUUCUGGGCUGGCAUUGUGCUGGCUGGCUGGUGGAGUAGACAAGCGCACAAGAGCCACACCAAUUUCCAAACUCGGCCUUUUCACCCUCUUUCAUCAGCAAAUUCCUCCAAAAGUCCAAACUGAACUCCUCAUCUUGUGAAAUUACUGCGAAUACAAGACAAAGAAUAUC